UGAGUCGUGGCUGCCUCCCAUGAAGGACCCGGAGCCUCAGCCUUCCAGCAGGUUCCGUGCACCUGCAGCCAAGGAUGACAUGGCGGCCUUGAGGUGGCCCAGGCCCUCCUGGCAGCCGGACCUGCCGUGGGCAGCUUUCCACAUGGUUGGGUCUGAUGACCUCAAGGAGCCAGGCCCCCAGGGGAAGGCCCACAGCCUGCCUGUGUGGUCCGCAGGCCCGGACGCCCGGGAUGGGGACAGCUCAGUGUCAUCGGGCCGGCUCUCGGGCUCCUCAGGGGGCCACAAGGAGCAUGUGUCCUGGAAGGAGAGGCCGCCCCAGGUGUUGGGGCCCCGGAGGCAGCCCAGAAAGAGUGACCCUCGGCUGGAGCAGCUGAGAGACAGGAUCCGGGCCCAGGCACGGUGGCAGGGGAGCUGUGCGUCCCUGGGGGCCUCAGACCCCUCCAGCCUCCACAAAGCCCUCGUGCUGGCACUUAGGAGGAAGACCCAAGGGACGACAAACCCUCCUCCAGCCUCCGAACGCUCAGAUUUCAGCAUCUUGAGUGCAGCUGAGCGCAGAGUUGAAGACAAGGCAUCCCGUGGCCAGGGGCGCGAGCUCUCCGGGCCCUCCCAGCACCAGGUUCCUGUUCUAAGGGAAAAACCCAAAAGGAUCAGAAGCAGUUCUUGCAAAAGGGAGAAGACCCCCAAGUCGCCCUCCCCUAGAAGAGUGGCCAAAGACAAAGACGAAGAUUCGGAGCUGGCUGGCGUGCACGCCUGGAGGAAGGGACAAGCUCUAGUGAGGUCGCUGCUUGGGCCCCCUCCCGCCCUCCGCGGGUUCCAGAGCAAGGCCCCCUGCAGAGACCCGGCUCUCGCCUCGGACUUAGGGGGCAGCAGGAAAGUCACAACUACCAAGCGCUCGCCUGUCUGUGCCCGGUGGCCGAGUGCCACCUCCACCCACGGUGACCAGCAGGCGUCUGGGAACACACCCAGCCUGGCUUCCUUUGACCAGCCGGCGACCAUCCAGACGGCCAUGGCCAUCCUACGAGACCUGCGCCAGCAAAUCCAGGCCGGGCUGGAGCUGGCCCAGAGCCGGGAGGGGGGCCGGGAGCUCGGGCCGUCAAAGCGGAGGCUGCAGGACGUGGCAGGAAAGGGCCCCCGCAGGGACCCGGGAGCACACAGCUCCUUCUUUAAGAGUCCCUGGGCUGGGACGGAGGGGAAGCGUUCCUCUUUAGAGAGGGCUAGGAGUUUCCACUCCUGGCAGCCCCGGAGCCUCUCCCCUGAAUGGGAGUCCUGCCUGCAGGGGGCCUGGGGGGUCCCAAAACAGGACCACUCCUUCCAGAGGCCAGAGAGUCCUCAUGAGAGGUUGGGCCGCUUCUCCCGGCGGCCCUGGAGUACGUUGGCAGGGCAGGCCUGCAGUCCACAGAGGGCCUGGGGGGCCCAAAGACAGGGCCCCGCCUCCCAGAGGCCCGGGAGCCCCCCUGAAAAGCUGAGCGCCUCCCCCCGGCAGCGCUGGAGUGCUGUGGCCAUGCAGCCCUGUCCUCGGAGGGCCUGGACUGCUUGUGAAGACCCGGAGGCCCCGGUCCCCAGUCCAUGGAACCCUCUGGAAAGGCCCGGUCCUCCAGCCCAGCGCCCCUGGAGCAGCUCCUGCGUGCAGAGGGCCGGCCCCCUGGCCCAGGGCAGACGCAUUGGCUCCCCUGCCUCAGGUGCCAAGCAUGCCCUGCCAAGGCCCACAGGGAGCUUCCCUCAGAGCCCAUCUGGGAAGGAGAAGGACGCGCCGCGGCCCUGCCCCAGGCCCCGGGGGCUCCCAGGACACAGCCCCGAGUCCCUGCGGGAGUUCAUGCGCCAGAAGGCGAAGGCGCGGCGGCGCCAGGCCCUGGAGGAGAAGGCGGCGGCCCUGCGCGCUCGGGAGCUGAGGAGCCGGAGGCUGCAGGAGGUCUACAGGCAGCAGAGGGAGGCCGUCCUCCGCACCGCGGUCCCCGUGGUCUCCCAGACCACCCCUGGCAUCGUGACCUUUGUCCCCAGUUCCGCACAGUCUGGGGAUCUGGAAGCCUCCGGGAGCCUGGAGUCGCCCGUGCUGGAGUGGAGCAAGGUGACCUCUGGCGUGGUGCUGGGGGGCCAGGAAGCCCCAGGCAGCUUCUGCCUGUGUUUGAACAGAGCCUGGAACUGUGCUGAGACCCUAGAGCCCCCAGGGACCGGGGGCCCCCAAGAUGGCCGGGAUGCCCCCGCACUGCUGUUAGCCUCACCCUCACUGGGAUCCCUGGAGCCCCAGGACCUGACUGCCCGCUACCUACCCCGGGGGCUGUGCAUCUACCUGGACCCAAAGGAGGCCGAGCACCUGGGCACUUCCAGCCCCCUGCACCUCCAGCAUAAGCAGGCGCGGCUGCAGGCGCUAGAGACCACAGCCAGAGUCCUCAAGCAGCGAGUUGACAGCCUCACCGCCAAGCUGCAGGGUGCCGAGGCACCGGACACCAUCGGGGACCCAGCCUUGGGCCUGCCAUGCUCACGGCCCUACACCCCGCCUGCCGCCCCCACGCUUGCCGCCCCAGCUUGCCCUGGAGGCUUGAGGCCCAACGGGGGCAGAGGGGCGCCCAGGGACUGGGCCAGCGUGCAGCCCCAGCCCCUUCUCCCCGCCACCUUCUUCCUGGAUGGCAAGACACUGCCGUGGGGCCCCAGCUGGGAGCAACAGCAGAGCGUGAGCCUGAGGGCCCACCACGAGAGCAAGCCCCGAGGUUUCCCAGAAGAGGGACUUGUGGACGUGAAACUGGACAAAAGGCUGCAGAGAGGCGUGGCCCUCUUCCAGGCCCUCGGCACCUCUGCGGGGAGCUCACACACGGACCCUAUCUGGGGCUCCCUGCGCCUGGGGGAGAUGCCGUCGGCCGGAGGGGCAGACUCAGUGGCGCCCUGGACCCCCCGGAGCUGCGGUCAGCAGGAGGAUGCGUGCGUGAGACGCCUUCCCAGCACCCAGCAAAAGACCUCCAGCUUUCUGGAUUCUCUCCAGCAGCUGAUGGAGAGACACUCAACCCAGGCCAGGCCAGAGAAGGUGUCCAAGCUGGAGGAGCCUCAGAUUUUCGAGGACAGAGAGCAGACCACAGCCACACCCAGGUAAGGCCAGAGGCUAGGGCUCGCCACACCCUCCCGACGUGGAAAUGAUGGCUGGGAGUCUCUCCACACAGGCAUCCGGGUGGGCAGUGCAGGCACU